AAAAUUUUUCCAAAAUUCCGAUCAGCUGUUCGUUAACAAUAUGACUUGGUACUGCUGCUUGAAUUGAAAUACAUUAGAAGUAAAACCGACGUGAAAAUACGACAGUUGAUGGAUAACAGUUUUGGACAGAAAUCGGCAGUUACGAACAUGAAGUAUUUGUAGGGUUUAAAAUUUCGUUUAACUCCUAAAAGAGAAACACCAAAUAAAAUGGAAAAACGUGCUCGCGAAGGGUCUCCUACCGACGAAAGCAUGGAGAAUCAAAUAGAAGCAAAUAGUCACGAAAGUGAUUUUAGUGCCGAAGGACAUCAUGUUUAUGAUUCAGUCCCACGUUAUUCUGAACAAGAAGCUGAAGCAUUAGGAAAAAAGUUAGUUAAUAAAGAAACAUUUAGAGAGGCACUGCAUAUUUUGAUUACAUGGUUAGAGAGAAGAGAAUGUAACGAGAGAAAUUCUGCACAUUUUUAUUUUUUGAUUCAGUUAUGUUGGAAUCAUGCUGAAAAAUUACAAACUGAGCAAAAAGAAUAUCUGAAGGAAAUUGAAAGGACUGAUAAGAAUUUAUGGAACAAAAAUUGUUCCAUUCAAUUACAGCUGAAUGAAAUUGAAGAAGUAUUCAAGGCAGUAGAAAGACAAAACCUGUGGGAUAAUUUCACUCAGAAUCAACUGGAGAAAAUGCAAGAGAUAAUAUCAGAUAGUUUGAAUCUCAAGCAAAAUAUCUUGAAAGAUUAUGUGGGUAGUGCAGUUGAGGAAAAGGAAUCAAAUGAUAUGUGCACUGAAGUUUUGCAUGCUGAAAAUAAUGCUCAUAAAUUACAAACUAAACUUGGUAGUUUAACUUAUGAAUUAAAUACUGUUUAUCAAAAAAUGGAAGAAAUGAAGGCAAAAUGCAAAGAAAAUGAAAAUGAAAUUCUAAAAUUAAGGUCAGAAUUGGAAAAGAAAAAGAGACUCCAAGGGAAAACUAAUUCGAUCGUAGAUGGAGAUAACCAACAAAAAAAACCCGUUGCUGAUGUUGCUUGUCAGUCUAAUACGGAUGAAAUGCAUAUUGUUUCUUUAAUUUCUGUUUUUUUGUUUGAUCAUCCAGAUGGAGUGAAUGUAGAUUGUAUACAUUCCCAUUUAAAUAAGUAUAUUCCCAUUACUCAUGCAAUAGAUAUUGAAAAUUUGUUGAGGAAAUACCCUAAAAUUUUUAAAGAAUCCGUGUCAAUUGGAGAUACACAGGAAAAGAAAUGGACCUGUAUAAGUUUCAUUUAGAAUAUUUUGACAGAAUUAUUUAUUGAGUAGUGCAUGUAUUUCCAAAAGUGUUUAGUGCUUCAAUUAAAAUUAAAAGAAAAAAUGUUUUAUUUUUUUAUUUGCAUGUAGGUGAUUAAAAUUAACUUUACAUAUGUGAUAGCAGUAGUGCUAUAUUGAUGAACAUUACUAAGU